AUGGCAAACUCCAGACUCGGAGUGGCCUUGGCCGGGACUCUUGUGACAGCUCUUGUAUUGUUGCAGCUGCUGUCUAUCGUGCAGACCUACAAUCCACCGCCCACCUUCAGCUUUGUUGGCAAGGCAUCACGAUGGGAACACAGGACGGCAGAUAAGGUCUCCGAUGAUAGCGUUUUUCUGUUGGGAGCUGGAAAAGCAGACAUCACUGGCCCCGUGGUGGAGGUAGCCCUCAGCGGAUAUGCUAUGCUGGAUCAGAUCGGCACAGGUCUGCGACAGAGAAUUUAUUCCCGCUCCUUCAUUUUCGCAAAUCCAAAUCAACCAGACGAUACCUUUAUUUACAUCGUCAUCGACGCGGUGACGGGCGACACUGCCGUCCGACAUGGAGUCCUCCAGGCGCUCGCGAGUUUGGGAGGUGAUUAUGCGCGCUACGGCGAGGGCAAUGUUGCGUUGACUGGGACGCACUCUCAUUCAGGACCCGGGGCCUGGAACAACUAUCUACUUCCACAGAUUCCUAGCAAGGGGUUCGAUAAGCAGAGCUAUCAGGCUAUCGUUGACGGCGUGGUCCUCUCCAUCAAACGCGCUCAUGAAAGCUUGGCCCCCGGUCGCUUGAGCUUCGGCUCCAUCGAUAUCCAGAAUGCAAACAUCAACCGAAGUCCUUAUUCAUACGACGCCAAUCCGGACGAAGAGAAAGCACGCUACUCGGCCAACGUAGACAAAACGAUGACCCUCUUGCGAUUCGACAGGGAGUCGGACAACAAGACCACUGCCAUCCUGACAUUCUUCCCGGUGCACGGCACUUCUCUCUAUAACAACAACACUCUCACUACAGGUGACAACAAAGGCGUCGCCGCUUGGCUCUUUGAGCGGAGCGUCCAGGACGAUGCGAAUUUCGCCGACGACUUCGUAGCCGGAUUCUCCCAAUCCAAUGUUGGUGAUACGAGCCCGAAUGUGCUGGGCGCAUGGUGUGAGGAUGGAUCGGGGCAGAUGUGCCGCUACAGCGACAGCACUUGUGGUGGCAAGACCGAGGACUGCCGUGGUCGCGGGCCCUUCUUCCGUGAAAAGGACAAUGGUGCGAAGAGCUGUUUCGAGAUCGGACGACUUCAGUACGCCGCGGCCAAGCAGUUAUAUAGCCAGAUGGAUGCGAGUAAUACUCGGAUCACUGGGAGCUCUAACGUUCGCUCCUUUCACGCUUACCGUGAUCUUGCUGGCUACACAUUCCAGUCGCCGUUCAAUUCUAGCAUGCUGACGACAUGCUCGGCGGCACUGGGCUUCUCUUUCGCAGCCGGUACCACUGACGGACCUGGCCUGUUUGAUUUCACGCAGAACAGCUCUGGACCUGCAGAGUCCAAUCCGCUGUGGUACGUCGCUCGAGCGUUUGUUCAUCAGCCUUCGGCAGAACAAAAGGCGUGCCAGGCGCCCAAGGAUAUUCUCCUGGACGUGGGAGCCAACACGCAGCCGUAUGCGUGGGAGCCGAAUAUUGUGGACAUCCAGGUCCUCCGAGUAGGUCAGCUGUUCCUCAUCAUCUCUACGAGUGAGGCGACAACCAUGUCUGGACGGCGUUGGAAAGAGGCCAUUGCAAAGUCAGCCAAAGACGUUCUCUCUAUUGAUAGUCCCUUGGUCGUGUUGGGGGCUCCUUCGAACAGCUACGCUCAUUACGUCGCGACAGAGGAAGAGUAUAGUAGGCAACGCUACGAGGGUGCUUCCACCCUGUACGGGCCUCACACUCUCGCCGCGUACAUCAAUCUCACCCUUACCUACCUCCCUUAUCUAGGCGAUUCGCCCAAUCCCGCCACGUUACCGGAGAUGCCCACGGGAGUGCAGCCGCCCAUCAACACCGACAAAUCACUGAGCUUCAUCCCGGGUGUCGUGUACGACAGUGCUCCCAUUGGAAAAUCAUUUGGUGACGUGGUCGCCUCGGUAGCCAAGUCUACGUACAAGCCUGGCGAGACGGUCAACACGACAUUCGUCGGAGCCAAUCCGCGAAACAACCUGCGUCAGGGAUCUACAUUCGCAGCCGUCGAGCGGCAGAAUCCGGCCUCAGGCACGUGGGAAGUCGUGCGUACCGACAAUGAUUGGAACCUGCUCUACCAUUGGAAACGGACCAAUACCAUCAUGGGAUACAGUGAGGUGACCCUCGAAUGGCAGAUCGAGGAUGACUACUACAACGUCGGCAACCCAAAGCCGCUCCAGGCUGGAACGUAUCGCUUCCAUUAUUAUGGCGAUGCAAAGAAUAUCCAAGGCCAGAUCAAAUCUUUUGAGGGCAUUGGCAAGCCAUUCACGGUGACUUUGGGCUGA